AGGUUAGGUUAGUGACCGAGUUUCGGUUGACGACACGACCACGACGACGAGACGACGGGAGGUUAGGUUUUAGGUUUAAUAAAAUUGCACGGUCGUUUCAAGUGUAAGAGGAUGUUGUUAAUAACUCGCAGAUUCGAUGCUAAGCUCACGCAGGGUCUGCCAAGAACGUUGAAGCUUGUCGCGGCGUAUUCGAACGUCUCGCAGGCGGACAACGAGCAACCGGAACAAUUUCGUGUACUAGAACUUUAUCCGCAAAGGAAGGUUCAACAGAGGAAACAAGCGCAUAAGGUCAAGGUACCACCGCCAAGAACAACGGAGAUGCCGACCGAUCAGGAUUGGGGGUCCGUUUGGCCGGGUGCGCGAACCUUUCAUCCGGCUUCGGUGCCCCUACCGUUGCGGCAGGGCUACGUGGAGAAGGGCACACCGCCCGACAAGCAUGUCAACGCUGAACUCAUGAAAAUACCCAAUUUCCUGCAUCUCACACCGCCGGCGAUACACAGGCAUUGCGAGGCCUUGAAGCAGUUUUGCACCGACUGGCCCGCGGCUCUCGACACCGACGAGAAAUGCACCGAGCAUUUUCCCGUUGAUAUCAUCACAUCCGAUUAUUGUUAUUCCUCGCCCACCAUCAGAGAACCGCUCGCCAGGAUCGUCAGUCUGCGGAUUAAGCUGUCUUCUCUUUACCUGGAUACUCAUGCAAAAGACAAGUUGUUGAGAUUACUGGGAGACAGGUACAACGCGGAAACGUCUACGAUCACCAUCACGACCGACAGAUGCCCGACCAAGAAGCAAAACUUGGAAUACGCGCGGUAUCUCCUUACGGCGGUGUAUCACGAGUCCUGGAGACUCGAGCCGUGGGAGGCUGAGAAAUCCACAGCGGACAUGGAAUACUUCGACUGGGACUCGAGCGUGAGUCGCACGAACCUGGUGACGUUGUACAAAUGGCCAGAGCCGACGAGUGAUUACGAGACCAUUCCGCAUGCAACGGAAUACAAGAUUGCGGUUUCGGAUCUCAUAAACAACGGGGAAGAUCAGUACGCGGUCAACAAGUAUAAGGAAGCCGUGAAGAGCUUGUUGAACCUCAAAAGCGACAAUAAAAGUUAGAUAUUGAUGUUAUUUUA